UGGCUAAAUUCCAAGGUGAUUCGAUUCCUUCUUCCAAUACAACAACCAUUGGUCUAACAGUCGUCGUACUUCAAAUAUGGAAUUGUCGGCCGAUAUGCGAAAGUCGAAUAUUUAUAUAUAGCAGGAGAUUCUGCUAGAUACUUUACAUUCUUUCAACACAAAGCCAUGUCCUCUGCAACUGUUUCCUCCCUUGUGGGAAGCUUGGAUUCGACAAUAGCUUCAGCUAUGGCCUCGGCAACUGGUAUACCAACAAAUCAAAUGGAUGUUGAAGUCGCAGGAUCAUGGUUUGGAGUCUUUGGGAACAUGACUAUGUUCUUCAUUAGAGUGAUUCCGGGCAUCCUUUACUGGGUUAUAACUUUCACGACAAUUACAAUGCCGACUUUCCUCUUUACAAUGUUUUCAACUAGCUUGACAUUUACCAUGAAUGCUACCACUCUGUAUGUGCUGCUUAUUCUUUCCCUUUCUCAGUGCUAAUUACUUAUCCUAGGAUGUUGAUCAUGGUGGCAUUUGUGUCAACCAUUAGUUGGUUCGUAAGAUACCGAUUUCUCAAUAUGUACUCUCGAUUACCUCCGGAACCUCAGCGAAAGGAACCUCAAAUAGACCUCUAUCCAGAUACACAAGACGAAGGAUCAAAGUCAGGGUUCUCAAAUUACUUGGAUGAAUUUCUGAGUGCUAUUAAAAUCUUUGGUUAUUUGGAACGCCCUGUUUUCCAUGAACUCACGCGCUCCAUGCAAACAAGAAAGCUGAUAGCUGGUGAAACCUUGAACCUGGAAGAGGAGAAGGGAUUUUGUUUGGUAGUCGAUGGAUUAGUGGAGAUUUUUGUCAAGUCGGCUCGAGAAGGACGUGAAUCAGAUACCGAUCCCACGUCGUACGAACGAGAAGAUUCGGAUAGUGGAUCUGGCCCUCAUCGAGGUGGUCAUCAUCAGGGUUACCAGUUAUUGACCGAGGUAAAGAAUGGUGCACCUAUGUCAUCUCUCUUUUCUAUACUUUCUCUCUUUACCGAAGAUGUCAAAUUGAGACACUCUGAUGACGAAGAUUUUGAUGGAAGCGUUUCUGGUACUCCUUAUGGCAAUUCAGAUCAUCACGAAUUUGGAAAUAGCCAUGAAGCUCCUCCAUCACUUCCCACAAGUCCAAUAUAUGGAGCCCCUACUCAAGAUGGGCAAAGAAAUGGUAGGGAUCGUCGUGCUUCGGCAACAAAUGUUAAUGGAAGAAUACCACCAUUGUCAUUGGAUGCUUCAGCCGAUAUUCAUCCACGUCGACCUCGGCCUAAGAGGCUGACUACAACUUCUGUACACCCUGACAUCGUGGCUAGAGCUACAGUGGAUACUACAAUUGCUAUAAUACCUGCUAGCGCUUUCCGUCGAUUAACCAGAGUGUAUCCUAAGGCUACAGCACAUAUCGUUCAGGUCAUUUUAACAAGAUUACAAAGAGUUACUCUUGCGACCGGUCAUUCUUAUCUUGGGUUAACUAGCGAGGUUUUGCGCACUGAAAAGCAUAUGAACAAGUACACGACAUAUGAAUUGCCGAAUUUCCUACGCGGGGAUGCUUUGAAGCGCUUGAAGGAAAAGUUCAUUCGUGAAAAGGAGAGGAUUGGCACAGAGGAAGGUAGCAAAGGUAUUGCUUUGCAUAAUGCUGGAGCCGGAAGACGACGUAGAUCCAGUCAUAGUCUCAGAAAAGAGGCUACAAUGCAUGCAUCAUCGGUCAGCGCUUCUAUGUCGAUGUCCAGACAAACCUUCGAAGCACAUGGUGGGGAUUCCAGUGUCAGCCCUAGUCCUGGAGAUCUUCUUACGAAUAUUCAGAUGUCACGACAUGGUGGUAGGAAACCUGCUUUAAGUGUGAAAGGUUCUAGCCCUCAAGUAUGGCAUCAUGAUGUUCAAAGUCCUCUUUCUCAAAGGACUUCAAAUCCAUUCAAUAGUCCUAUGAAUUCACGAAUACCUCUUCAUCGUCAAGAAUCGAUUGAUGAAGACGGGAUGUUUAGGAAAUCUAUAUUGGAAUGCAUAUUCAAGGCUAUUGGUCUUACGAACACUAAGAAUGCCUUGCGUAUGUCAGAUUCUGUUGAAGGCUCCCCUCGAAUGCUUUCAUAUGAUCAGAAACGUCAAAAGGCAUUUUUUACCAACAAUUCCCUUACUACCAACGCCUUCGGCCUUAUUGAUCCCUACGAAGGUUCUGUAGAUGACACUGAAUCAGUGACAUCUGGUGGGGUCAGUGCUGGUGGCUAUCCAAGUACGCAGGGGCUUGCCCAAGAACUCAAGGAUGAAGUAGAGAUCGUCUACUUCCCAAAAGGCUCGGUACUUGUGGAACAAGGAGAGAGGAACCCUGGGCUGUACUAUGUUAUUGACGGCUUCCUAGAUGUUAGUGUUCCUGUUGAUGAGAAAUCCGAUUCCAUGGUGUUAGGCCAAUCUUUCCGACACUCUUCGAACGUCAAGAACGCCAAUGAUCCAAUGCCUUCACUAUCUAGAACGAAGACGGCCUCAUCACGUGCUUCAGGGUCUGGUUUUGGUAGUGCAGGGCAUGAGGGUAAAAAGCGAAAGACAACAGACCGAAAAAGUUUGGCACUCAUCAAGCCAGGUGGUAUUGCAGGCUACAUCGGUACCAUAUCCUCUUAUCGCUCGUUCAUCGAUGUUGUUGCAAAAACAGACGUUUAUGUAGGAUUCUUACCACGAACAUCACUGGAAAGAAUUGUUGAAAAGUAUCCUGUCGUACUCCUGACUAUGGCUAAGCGUCUCACCAGUCUAUUGCCCAGAUUAAUCCUGCACAUAGACUUUGCUCUUGAAUGGGUGCAGGUGAGCGCUGGUCAAGUUAUCUACCACCAGGGCGAUGAUAGUGAUGCAAUUUACAUCGUCUUGAACGGCCGACUUCGACUUGUAGUCAAUAAUGACGAGGCUGGAAUGAAAGUCAUCGGCGAGUAUGGACAAGGUGAAAGUGUUGGAGAACUAGAAGUCAUGACGGAAUCGGUCAGACCUGCUACACUGCAUGCUAUUCGAGAUACCGAACUCGCCAAAUUCCCAAAAACACUAUUCAACAGUCUUGCGCAAGAACACCCAGGUAUUACGAUCAAAAUCUCCAAGAUUAUCGCGUCUCGUAUGCGAGCUUUAGUAGAAGAGCCUGUCUUCGUGCAAACUAAAGAGAAAGUUACUGGUGCUACGAAUGAUAAAGUAUCUUCGACUGUCAAUCUUCGUACUGUUGCUAUACUUCCCGUUACUGCUGGAGUACCUGUGGUCGAGUUUGGUAGUCGUUUAAUGAAUGCUUUGACUCAAAUCGGAGCACCUAAUGGUGUAACUUCUCUCAAUCAAGCAGCUAUUCUUAAUCAUCUUGGCAGGCACGCCUUCAGUCGUAUGGGAAGACUUAAACUUUCACAAUAUCUUGCUGAUCUGGAGGAGAAGUAUGGCCUGGUUUUGUAUAUUGCUGGUAAGUAAUUUCUUUCUGGGACAUGACAAAAUGUGGCUUCCUAGGAUCAUCGCUAAUGUUAUUUCUAGACACAAACGUGAAUUCGCCUUGGACUCAAACUUGCAUCAGUCAGGCUGAUUGCAUUCUCCUAGUGGGCAUAGCAGAUGGCUCACCGGCUAUUGGUGAGUACGAACGCUUCUUAUUAGGAAUGAAAACCACUGCAAGAAAGGAAUUGGUAUUAUUGCAUGCAGACCGCUUCUCAUCACCUGGUGUGACUCGUGCCUGGCUUAGGAAUCGAGUCUGGAUAAAUGGCGGGCACCAUCAUGUUCAAAUGGACUUCAGAACUAGUGCUGUCCCAGUUCAUUCUCAAACAAGAAAGUUCGGGACCGCAUUGAAACAACGAGUACAAGUAAUUCAGGCAGAAAUCCAAAAAUACACGUCUCGCCGUGUAAGACAAUCACCACUUUACUCUGCAGAGACUCCAUUCAAAGGCGACUUUCACCGGAUUGCUAGACGUCUUUGCGGCAAGUCUAUUGGUCUAGUUCUCGGAGGAGGUGGUGCGCGUGGUAUAUCUCAGGUUGGGAUUAUAAGAGCUAUGGAAGAAUCUGGAAUUCCGAUUGACAUAAUUGGAGGAACUUCUAUUGGAUCUUUCAUUGGCGCAUUAUAUGCUCGUGAUGCAGAUGUAGUUCCUAUGUAUGGACGCGCAAAGAAAUUUUCAGGCCGCAUGGCAAGUAUGUGGCGCUUCGCACUGGAUUUGACGUAUCCAUCUGCUUCCUAUACUACUGGCCAUGAAUUCAACCGUGGUAUCUUCAAGACGUUCGGCAAUACUCAGAUUGAAGAUUUCUGGCUAGAGUUCUAUUGCAACACUACCAAUAUUAGUAAAAGUCGAUCUGAAAUCCAUACCAGUGGGUAUGCAUGGAGAUACGUAAGAGCAUCUAUGUCUCUUGCUGGACUCCUUCCACCACUGUGCGAUGAAGGAAGUAUGCUUUUAGAUGGUGGAUAUGUAGAUAACCUGACAGUUUCUCACAUGAAAUCUUUAGGCGCUGAUAUCAUCUUUGCUAUUGACGUUGGCAGCCUCGAUGACGACAUACCACAGAAUUUUGGUGACUCACUUUCCGGAUUCUGGGCAUUUGCAAAUCGUUGGAACCCAUUCUCAUCUUAUCCGAAUCCUCCUACUUUGGCUGAGAUCCAAGCACGCUUGGCAUAUGUAUCCAGUGUUGAUGCUUUGGAAAGAGCCAAAACAACUCCAGGAUGUCUUUACAUGAGACCUCCAAUUGACGAGUAUGGAACUCUGGAUUUUGGUAAAUUCGAUGAAAUUUAUCAGGUUGGUUACAAAUACGGACAAGAAUAUUUGGCAAAGAUGAGAGAUCAGGGUAUUCUUCCUCUGGUGGAUGAGACAGAAGAGAAAAAGGCAUUGAGGAGAACUAUGGCUCCGAGACGAGCAAGCAUUUAGCGGGACUAUUCCUUAGGAUCCAGAUGUUAUAGUUUUUGCGCUCCAAUAUUACGGGGCGUUUUGGUGUAGAUGAAAUAUGACGAUGAAGGUAUACCCAAGCAUGUAUUGAUAUAGGCGGUGGUCUUUUAUCAGUUAGGCAUAUAAAUUGAUGGGAAAC